ACAUCGUUAUCACAUCACGUUACUCAACACCCCUCACCACAGUUGUGUGGAGCUACUGCACUGAUCCAGGAGGAGCGAUUCCCUCUCUGCCAUCACUGAAACUAGGUUUUCACACCAUGUCCUCAACCAUCUUUUUCCUGCUCCUCGCGGGUCUUGCGAUGUCUGUCAUGGCGGACUACACCGGGAAGGUGCUGCUCAUCUCCAUGGACGGCUUCCGGUACGACUAUCUGGACAUGGUGGACACCCCCAACUUUGACGACUUCGCCAGACAAGGCGUGAAGCUACCCUACAUGAACAACAGCUUCACGACGUUGACAUUUCCAAACCAUUACACCAUAGUGACAGGUCUGUGGGAGGAGAGUCAUGGAAUUGUUGGUAACUACAUGUACGACCCCGUGUUCAAUGCCAGCUUCAACCUGGGCACCAAGGAGACUCGGUGGUGGAACGGAGGAGAACCACUGUGGGUCACGGCCAAGAAGCAGGGUUUGAAGGCUGGGACAUACUUUUGGCCUGGCAGCGAGGCUGAGAUUCAAGGUGUACGACCUGACUACUGGUACCCCUAUACGGACAACACGCCUUAUAAGGAGCGAAUUGACACCGUCGUUGACUGGUUCAAGAACCAAAAUAUCCAACUUGCCACUCUGUAUUACCCAGAACCCGAUAAAACUGGACACAGCUUUGGGCCAGAAUCACAAGAGGUCAGGGACAAGGUCAUGUACAUGGAUGAAAUCCUUGGUUACCUCGUGCAGAAGAUGAAGGAGAAUGAUCUGGAAAAUGAAGUCAACGUCAUCGUUACCAGUGACCAUGGAAUGGUUGAAGUGGAUAACAUCAAUAAGGUUGUGGAUAUUACCGAUUACGUGGACAUGACGAAGGUCGAUCGUGUCCCGAUUUACGGCCCCAUGAUGCAUAUUCUGCCGGUAGAGGGCCAGGACGACGCCAUUAUACAGAGUCUGGCUGGAGUGGAACACAUCACAGUGUACAAGAAGGAGGAUGUUCCAGAACGUCUCCAUUACCAGGAAAACAGAAGGAUCAUGCCCAUUAUCAUCAUAGCGGAUGAGGGAUGGCAGUUAACCACUAUUGACCGUUAUUACCAACAUCAGUCUGUUUUCGUAGGAAAAAGCAUAAGGACCAAAUACACUUAAAAAGGCAGACGUGGUAAAAGGUUCCGUAAAACAUUCGUGAAAAUGAAA